AUGGAAUAUUGUCGUUUCUUUAGCCCUAGAAGAGAAAUAAACUCAAGCUCCUUAAUGGGGCAACUUAUUAGAAGUGACAUGAAUACUUUAAACAAAGUAGUUAGUGAAAUACAUGAUAGCUCAUCUACAACAACAACAGCGGCAGCUAUAUCAACAAUAGCUUCAUCAGUUGCAAACACAGCUUCAACUCGCGCAACAAGGAAAAAUUCAGCCGCAGCUACUGGAGUGCCUCAUCAGUCUCAUGUCCAGCCUCCGACAAUAUCUCAACCACAACCAACAGGAACCGCACAAGGAAACUCUCUAAGUGACGUAUGUACUCCUAGUUCUGCUACCUCACAAACUCCACAACUGCUGGUGUUGACAAUUGCGCUGGCUACGUCGCAUGGCGAUGAAGCCGUUCAACUACUGGCGCCCGGUUAUGCACUCGGAUAUGCGUCUCAAUACGCAAAGAACUAUGCUCAACCCACGCCUCCUGUACCAGCUACAACCACGUCUUCUCACAGUCAACAUGAUCAAAUUCUUCCUAUCAGUAGGUCUGCUCCUCAGCAGCAUCAGGACAACGAAGUGCAAAAACCUCACGCUACUUCGCCUCGGUGGGACUCCAAUGCAGACGGCGAACAGAGAAUUCUCUUCUCCCCUCACCCACCAGUACGAGAACCUUACGACGCUGAGCCAAUCCUUUCGACCACGGCUCGUGCGAAAGUCAACACCGAGGCAGACAACGAUAAAGAAACACUCGUGAUGCGGCUCGACAGCAAACGAUCAGACGAGCACGCCACCCGCGCCAGAAACCAACAGGAGGAAAACAUCCAAUCGCACGAUGAACCUCCAAUUCACACCUCACAACGGCCCAGUGUACAAGCAGACAAUGUGCCAAACAUUCGCUCCGGACGGGUCACGUGGCCACGAGAGCCAACCGACCCAACGGUUAACGUUGUAAGCCCGCGCACACUGCCCCGGCUGCGGUCAAGCACGCCCAACGACGUUCAGACAACACCCCGCCACCCCCCGCGAGCGAGACAGCGAAUCGAAGAUUCAUUAGCGACCCCGAGAAGCGGGGACCGCCAAAGCCCACGGAGAGAGCGAGUCCCCACUCCGGUCGACACAGCAGCCAGACGUCACCCAGUCCCACAACGCCAUGUGAGGCGCCCCUACUCGACGGCGCCUCCUGUGACUCCCACGCUUUCCCUCCCGCGCCCGCCCGCGCUCCAUUCCGUGCCCGCCACGCGCCCCGCCUCGUGCCGCCGCGCGCCCCACGGCCCGACCGCGCACCGUCGCAGCUCGCCGUCCAGCUCGCCGCCCCGCGCGCCGCCCCGUCGCGACACCUCUGAAAGGUCAACCAGCCGGCGGGCAGAGCAGGUGACGCCACCGCUACCACCGGAGAAGCCCCCACCCACCAGGGCGCCGGGACGAGACGCACGAAAGCAAACCGCACAUCCAGAAGAAGUGCACCAGGCACGGGAUUCGGAGGACGACGACGAUGAUAUUGAAGUGAUUAAACCUACGUUACACGAUCGGGCUGGGAAUCGUAGAGAAAUCGCCAAUACCCUCAUGCGAGAUAAUGUGCGAGAAGAUGCUGAAGAUAUAGUAGUUCCACGAGAGAGCAAAGGUUUCUACGCUCGUUUGUUUGAAUCUGUUGGUGACCAUAGCACUUCAGGAACAAACGAAGAAUUCGGAAAGUCUACUAAGGAACCUCCGCACAAAUCUGAAUUGAGUGAUCACACACACCGCCCCGAAAUCGAAACUAAAAAGUCUGCAGAUAAAGUCGUUUACAGUAAUGAGCAGCAGGACAUUAAACCAAAUACAAAAGACAAUAGAAAGAUCAAUACGGAAGAAGUAGACAACAAUUCUCCUGAACAAAGGGACAAAUAUCCGUCACAAUUAAAAGAUCAUGACGAUAGUGAGAGGCUUGACCGUACAGGCUCACAGGAUCAUCAUUCAGAUCACAGAAAUACUGAUCGAUCUCUGGACAUUGUACAUGACACGGCCAACAAGUAUAAUGACAUGAAAGAAUAUCACGUGAAAGAUCUACCACAAACUCAUGGGCAAGAAUCUAAUCGCGAACACGCCGACGAUCAUUCUAUUAAAAACAACCCUAAAGAU